GUUUAGAAGAUUGUGCGGGAGUGUUGAACUGAAAGCCUUUAGCGUCGGCUUCUAAACGCGUCAUGCAUGAAUGAUAUGCAUCUUCACUCUACAAGUCGCCGCAAGAUUUAACUCUGGAUACACACAUAGCUUGAAAAUAUUUCAUAAAAGGCAAUUCAAUGACGACAAGAUAAGCAUCUAAGUCUGCAUAUAUGCACUGCACAUCAUUCAUAUUUGACAUCUAACGACAAUCAAUACGAUGCAAAUCAUAUAGCGAUGGAGGUGUCAUUGCAGAGUAUCAAUUACUUUGCAGAUCAAAUCAACGGAUUGGAUGGCGAUCAUGCACAAUCAAUCAAAAAUCAAUUCAGACGAACGGUGGAGUAUGUAUUGGUGAAAGAUUUGGAGAAGAGAUGGAAUACAGAACGAAAGGCAUGUUUGCAAGUUACCCUGGCGAUAUUGAGCAUCUACAGAAAGUUGGACAUUCAACCAGGCCAACGCUUCUUAGAUCUCUUGGUUCAUAUCAAUCCCGAUCAUGUUUCGGACAUAUUUCAACAUCAAUACGAAGAGAAUGAUAUAGCAGAAUUAGGGUACUGGCUAGUGGGCCUAUGUGGAAAGUUGGUAUGGGAAUCCCACUCUGCUCUCUUUCUCGCCCAUCGGAUAGCCGAAUCAGCAUUCAUGGGACCGGCGAUCCUAUUGGAUUGUAUCGCACAAUACUUUUCACGCUCUUCACAACGUAUAGACAAUUCACAAUUUCAUGUCGUCGCAUUUGAUGCGCUCAUUCAACGGCUAGACCAGAGCAAACAAGAGAAAUGGAUGCCUACAAUGCGUUCAUGUCGACACAUAAUACCAACAAGUACAAAGCUUACAUUGAUGGAACAACAAUUCCAACGUAGAAAGAACGAGAAUGAAAAGUUGGUCAUGUAUGAUCACAUCUAUGCAGGAACAGCGUAUAGAAGAGAUGCUCCCGAUCAAAAACACGUUUGUCAUUUAAAAGUUCAAAGAGAUCAUCUCUUACAAGAUUCUAUGAAUUGUUUUAAUAAAAUGUCAAAAGAUAUCGUCAUUGAUGGUUUGGAUAUCGCCUUUAUAGGAGAAGAUGGUCAAGAUCGUGGCGGGUUAACGAAAGAAUGGUGUUUACUAAUGAUUGAAAGUUUACGGGAUAUAAUCCUCAUUCAAACUGACGAUCAGGCGGAGUUUAUGGAUCUUCGAAAUGAUUGUACUGAAGAACAGGCUCAAUUGUUCGGGAUCGUGCUGGGAAUUGCAAUCCUGCGAAGGGUGGCUAUUGAUGUCCCCUUAGCCCCAUACGUCUAUGAUCUUUUAAGCAGCUCUGAUACAAAUACACAGCCGUCAUUGGACAUGCUUCACUACACACGACCUGGAUUGGCUGAUGGCCUUUCCAAAAUAAUGACAUGGGAUGAAGUGAAGCAAGGAAGCAUUGAGGAUGUCUUGGGUGUUGACUUCACGUUUUUUGAUGAGAAGAAUGCCAAAUCUAUCAACCUCCUACCGAAUGGGGAUCAAAUCACGGUCUCGAUGCAAAAUAGGUCAAAGUAUGUUGAUGCAAUUCUCUUCUAUCUCUUGCAAAGACGGAUUCAAGACACUCUGUUCAACAUACGAGAAGGGUUUUCACGUGUUUGUUUUGGCAUCAGUGGUUUGGAAUUGUUCACCUUUUCCGAAUGGAGUUCACUCACAUACGGAAAAGAAAUGGCAGCCAAUACGGCAUCUUUACAAAGAUCUUGUCAAGUUUUGAUGCAUGCCAAAAGCGCAAAAGAAAGAGAAGAGAUGCAUACUUAUCUCGCCUUAUUUUGGUCAAUCGUUGAUGAUUUCUCGAGAGACGACUUGCGUAAUUUACUUCACUUUGUCACUGCAAGUCAUCGAAUGCUCACCUUGCGAUCUAUGAAUGAUACCGCGGGAAAGGAAUCACCUUUCACCAUCCGUUUGUUGGAUCCAAUACCGACAAGUAUGCAGACCUAUCCUCUACCCACUGCUUCGACGUGCAGCAAUACACUCUUCUUACCUCAGUAUCCAUCUUAUGACAUCCUUCAACGAUGUCUCUUGUUUGCCAUACGGAAUGGCAAUCAAGGAUUCGGCCUUUCAUGAGAAAAUCGCAGCAACUCAUUUGUACUUUACCCACACGCAUUUGUACUUUACACAUUCUUAGACUUUAAUAUAUGCAUUAAGG